CGAAUAACACUGUACUCAUUCGCUCUGUUGUUAUACUGUUUAUUUUAUUUUUUUUAAUAUUAAUAUUUUUGUUUGUGCGAUCGUUAACGUGCGUCGGGUGUUUUGUUUUUGCUAUCGCAGUGCUAUAAGAAUUGUUAAAUUAUUAUUGUUUAUUAUUUGUUCGGUUACUUAAAAUAAUAAUAAUAAUAAAAUGUUUAAAUCUACAAAAAAAACCAAAGAUCCUACAAAAAAUCGAACUGUAAGUGACACCGCAAAGGUAAGUGAAAAAACUAUUAUUAAGAAUGAAAACUCGACGGUGGUUCCGAAACAAAUGUUCAGCAGUAAGGUAGCUAAUGAACAACCACUAAAUGUGAGCGGUAAAGGGCGCAGUUCAACACCGCAGACCGCGAAAAAGACGUUGGUCAAAGGCGCUGUUUCCAGACAGGCUGCAGAAUCUUCGUCCACGGCUUCCAUUUCAAAAUCACUGAGUUCAUCUUCCAUAAAAAAAACUACAACUGGCAAAAGCAUUCGGACCAUCACCACGGUCGAUCAAGAUGGCAACAUUCAUACGACUGUGGAAACAGUAGACGAUGUACCGCAAUCGACCACAGAAACCACUACCGAAGAGUCGAACACCUCAGAUUUGACCAAUGCGUACGUCGAGUAUGCUGACAAAUAUUGCUUUGAAGGUGGCACAGAAACGCCGGAAGUAUUAAACUCGCCGCGAUACUCUACUUCAAAUUUGUUGUCGCAAAACUUUGAAAACGAAUCUUCGUCGGUUAAUCAAUUGAUGUCUACUGAGACUAACUAUAAUACUGUUACCUCACAUGUUAGUUCCAGUUCCGAAUCAAAACAAAUAUCAGCUGUAAAUGAUGCAAUACAACACGAAAAUACAGUAAGGUCAGUAAAUGGAAAAUUAAUCAAAUCAAUAGAUGAUAAUGUAUCACGAGAUAACUCAAAUUAUUCAUAUCAACCAAACGUUAGUGAAAAAGUAGAUUUUAUAAAUACAACAAUUAAUACAAAUAUAAAUUUAUCAAAAAAUGAAUCGUUAAGAACUACACAACUUGACGAAACAAAAAAUCAUUUUUAUGGUAGUGAUCAUCAACAAAUUGAUAAUGAAUCAAAAAAACUAAAAACAUCUGAGAAUACUGUAAAUGUAUUAAAUGACACUAAAGAAAAAACUACCUUUCAGAACCACGAAAAUAAAAGCUCAAAAAAAAUUAUUGACAACCAGGAAAUAAAUUCGGGAUUAACAGUAAAAAUGGUUGGUGGAAAAUUGAUAAAACAAUUUAAUACACCUGUAAAAUCUAAACAAUCUCAAAAUAUCGUGGAUACUAAAGAGGGGUAUGUAACUUACACCAUGGAUAAUAAUAAACAACAGUAUAAUAAUAACGUAGAAACUACAUUUGAAUCAAAUAUAAUUGAUCAAAAUGUAUCUACUAAUAAGUCCGAUGAUUUUAGUUCCGAGAUGUUCAUUACACAAAAAUAUAUACCGAUAUUUUCUAGAUCAAAUCAAGAAAUUGAUGAAAUAACGUCAACAAGUGAUGGAAAUUUAAAAACAUUUUAUGACAAAAGUAUUAAAACUAAUGAUUCUAGGUAUAGUACUGAAGAUAAUACGAAAGACUUAUUUGAAAAAAAUAAAAAUGAUGAAAAUGAUGGGUCAACUGUACGUAUGGUUGGUGGAAAAUUAAUAAAAUCUUUUAAGGAACCGACAAAAACUCAAAAAACUGUAUCAAAUAUUUCAUUGUCAAAUAAUUUAUUGAACAGUGACAUUUCAUCCGGUGAUAUCACAACGUCAACAUCCUUUAUUACAAAUGAACAAUCAUCUAUUUCGAGCUCAUUUGGGGAAACAAACUUAUUUGAUAAAACAAAUGCAGAAACGUCCAACUCUGCUUAUCAAAUAUCAGAUGAACAAAAUAAACUUAAAAACCAAAAACAACAGAAUGUAAAAAAUAAUAAAUUAAAAUCUGAACAAAUUAUUGAUAAUGUCAACGAAGAAGGUUUAUCAGUGCGUAUGGUUGGAGGAAAAUUAAUCAAGACUUUCAAAGAGCCAACUCCUUCCAAAAAAAAUACCAUUGAUGUAUCAAAAUCAAGUAACAUUUUAACCAGUGAUAUUUCAUCUAGUGAUUUUACAACGUCAACGUCAUAUUCAACAGACGAACAAACUUCGUUUUUGAGUUCACAUGAAGAAAGCGAACAGUCAAAUUUGAAAACUCCCAAAUCUAUGUAUCAAAUAGCAGACCAAAUAGAAGAAACAAAAAGCACGAAACAGUCAAAUACUAUAAAAGAUAAAAUUAAAUCAAAUAAAUUUGUUGAAAAUAUCGACGAAGAAGGCUUGACGGUGCGCAUGGUCGGAGGAAAAUUAAUAAAAACUUUCAACGAACCAACACCAACAAAUAAAAACCGUCUUGAUGAUUCUAAAUCGAGUAAUAUUUCAACUAGUGAUAUUACAACGUCUACAUUGUUUUUAACAAAUGAACAUACUUCAGUUACUAGUUCAUAUCUAGACAGUGAUGAAUCCGAUUUUAAUGUGUCUAAAUCAUUGUAUCAAUCGGAAGAGAGAUCACACGAAACAAAAAAUACAAAACAACCAUACACAAAGAAAAAUGAAUCUGUAUCAAAUAAAUCUGUUGAGAAUGUUAACGAAGAAGGUUUAUCAGUACGCAUGGUCGGUGGAAAAUUAAUCAAGACUUUUAAGGAGCCAUCACCGUCCAAAAAAAGUACUACGCAAGUAUCAAAAUCAAGUAGCAAUACAAUUAAUGAUAUUUCUUCAAGCGAUGUUACUACGUCAACAUCGUUUAUUACUAAUGAACAAUCAUCAUUUUCAAGUUCGUUUGGAGAAAAUGACCAAUCGGACAUAAAAACAACGACCACAUCUAAGUCUGUAAAUAAAAAAACAGAUAAACCAGACGAGUCAAGAAAUAAGAAACAACCAGACGCGAAAAAAGACAAAUCCACACCGAUAACUAAUGUUGAUAUUGUCGACGAAGAAGGCCUAUCGGUACGCAUGGUCGGUGGAAAAUUAAUCAAGACUUUUAAGGAGCCAUCACCGUCCAAAAAAAGUACUACGCAAGUAUCAAAAUCAAGUAGCAAUACAAUUAAUGAUAUUUCUUCAAGCGAUGUUACUACGUCAACAUCGUUUAUUACUAAUGAACAAUCAUCAUUUUCAAGUUCGUUUGGAGAAAAUGACCAAUCGGACAUAAAAACAACGACCACAUCUAAGUCUGUAAAUAAAAAAACAGAUAAUCCAGACGAGUCAAGAAAUAAGAAACAACCAGACGCGAAAAAAGACAAAUCCACACCGAUAACUAAUGUUGAUAUUGUCGACGAGGAAGGCCUAUCGGUACGCAUGGUCGGUGGAAAAUUAAUCAAGACUUUUAAGGAGCCAUCACCGUCUAAAAAAAGUACUACGCAAGUAUCAAAAUCAAGUAGCAAUACAAUUAAUGAUAUUUCUUCAAGCGAUGUUACUACGUCAACAUCGUUUAUUACUAAUGAACAAUCGUCAUUUUCAAGUUCGUUUGGAGAAAAUGACCAAUCGGACAUAAAAACAACAACCACAUCUAAGUCUGUAAAUAAAAAAACAGAUAAACCAGACGAGUCAAGAAAUAAGAAACAACCAGACGCGAAAAAAGACAAAUCCACACCGAUAACUAAUGUUGAUAUUGUCGACGAAGAAGGCCUAUCAGUACGUAUGGUCGGUGGAAAAUUAAUCAAGACUUUUAAGGAGCCAUCACCGUCCAAAAAAAGUACUACGCAAGUAUCAAAAUCAAGUAGCAAUACAAUUAAUGACAUUUCUUCAAGCGAUGUUACUACGUCAACAUCGUUUAUUACUAAUGAACAAUCAUCAUUUUCAAGUUCGUUUGGAGAAAAUGACCAAUCGGACAUAAAAACAACGACCACAUCUAAGUCUGUAAAUAAAAAAACAGAUAAACCAGACGAGUCAAGAAAUAAGAAACAACCAGACGCGAAAAAAGACAAAUCCACACCGAUAACUAAUGUUGAUAUUGUCGACGAAGAAGGCCUAUCGGUACGCAUGGUCGGUGGAAAAUUAAUCAAGACUUUUAAGGAGCCAUCACCGUCCAAAAAAAGUACUACGCAAGUAUCAAAAUCAAGUAGCAAUACAAUUAAUGAUAUUUCUUCAAGCGAUGUUACUACGUCAACAUCGUUUAUUACUAAUGAACAAUCAUCAUUUUCAAGUUCGUUUGGAGAAAAUGACCAAUCGGACAUAAAAACAACAACCACAUCUAAGUCUGUAAAUAAAAAAACAGAUAAACCAGACGAGUCAAGAAAUAAGAAACAACCAGACGCGAAAAAAGACAAAUCCACACCGAUAACUAAUGUUGAUAUUGUCGACGAAGAAGGCCUAUCAGUACGCAUGGUCGGUGGAAAAUUAAUCAAGACUUUUAAGGAGCCAUCACCGUCCAAAAAAAGUACUACGCAAGUAUCAAAAUCAAGUAGCAAUACAAUUAAUGAUAUUUCUUCAAGCGAUGUUACUACGUCAACAUCGUUUAUUACUAAUGAACAAUCAUCAUUUUCAAGUUCGUUUGGAGAAAAUGACCAAUCGGACAUAAAAACAACGACCACAUCUAAGUCUGUAAAUAAAAAAACAGAUAAUCCAGACGAGUCAAGAAAUAAGAAACAACCAGACGCGAAAAAAGACAAAUCCACACCGAUAACUAAUGUUGAUAUUGUCGACGAAGAAGGCCUAUCAGUACGCAUGGUCGGUGGAAAAUUAAUCAAGACUUUUAAGGAGCCAUCACCGUCCAAAAAAAGUACUACGCAAGUAUCAAAAUCAAGUAGCAAUACAAUUAAUGACAUUUCUUCAAGCGAUGUUACUACGUCAACAUCGUUUAUUACUAAUGAACAAUCAUCAUUUUCAAGUUCGUUUGGAGAAAAUGACCAAUCGGACAUAAAAACAACGACCACAUCUAAGUCUGUAAAUAAAAAAACAGAUAAACCAGACGAGUCAAGAAAUAAGAAACAACCAGACGCGAAAAAAGACAAAUCCACACCGAUAACUAAUGUUGAUAUUGUCGACGAAGAAGGCCUAUCGGUACGCAUGGUCGGUGGAAAAUUAAUCAAGACUUUUAAGGAGCCAUCACCGUCCAAAAAAAGUACUACGCAAGUAUCAAAAUCAAGUAGCAAUACAAUUAAUGAUAUUUCUUCAAGCGAUGUUACUACGUCAACAUCGUUUAUUACUAAUGAACAAUCAUCAUUUUCAAGUUCGUUUGGAGAAAAUGACCAAUCGGACAUAAAAACAACAACCACAUCUAAGUCUGUAAAUAAAAAAACAGAUAAACCAGACGAGUCAAGAAAUAAGAAACAACCAGACGCGAAAAAAGACAAAUCCACACCGAUAACUAAUGUUGAUAUUGUCGACGAAGAAGGCCUAUCAGUACGCAUGGUCGGUGGAAAAUUAAUCAAGACUUUUAAGGAGCCAUCACCGUCCAAAAAAAGUACUACGCAAGUAUCAAAAUCAAGUAGCAAUACAAUUAAUGAUAUUUCUUCAAGCGAUGUUACUACGUCAACAUCGUUUAUUACUAAUGAACAAUCAUCAUUUUCAAGUUCGUUUGGAGAAAAUGACCAAUCGGACAUAAAAACAACGACCACAUCUAAGUCUGUAAAUAAAAAAACAGAUAAACCAGACGAGUCAAGAAAUAAGAAACAACCAGACGCGAAAAAAGACAAAUCUACACCGAUAACUAAUGUUGAUAUUGUCGACGAAGAAGGCCUAUCAGUACGCAUGGUCGGUGGAAAAUUAAUCAAGACUUUCAAAGAACCAUCUCGAAAUAUUUUAAAAAAUAAUUCUAAAUCCAAUAUAUUUAAUACAAGCAGCCAACGGACAGAUUUAAAUAUAGAUACUAGUUCUCUCGUUUUAAAUACGACUUAUAUUAUCGAUGAAUCAUUAUCAAAUAGUGAAGUAACAAAGAUUGUUAAGACUAGUAAUGACAGUAGUACAACUACUGUUGAUGGGAAAACAGUAAAAAAUUUUAAAGUACCCGAGAAAAUUCCUCGAAAACCGAAAUCUGGUGUUCCAGAUGAAACGAAUACGGACAUUAUGUCUUUUGAUAAUAAUUUUACUACGUCUGUAAACGAUAUUAAACACGUUCACGAUGUAUUUUAUGACGUUUCUGAAGAAUCUUAUAUUGAAUCUCGACAGUUUUCGGAGCAAUCUAUAGUGCAAGAUUUUCAAGUAACAUCGAAUACAUCCGAAUAUUAUCCUGAGAGGCCUGUUAGAAAGAAAGAUAUAAGAGAUGAUAUUGUUGUUCAAGAUAUCACUGACUUCGUGUCUGUUUCAAAUCGCGCAGAAGUAAUAGAAAAUAGAACAAUAUCCGAAGCGGUGUUCGAAAAAUCAGUAGUAAAAGGUAUUACCGAAAAUUAUGAAAACCACGUAUCUUCGUCGAAAAAAGUCCGUGAAAAUAAAGUAGAUAAAAAGUCGAAAAAGGAUCAAAAGGAAACUACUUCAAUCAUAAAGGAACAGUGCAUUUGCGAAAUUUGUACCUGUGGACGUCAUCGAUGUCCGCAUACACCUGGAACAGAUAGGUCUCCACUAGAUUUGGAGCCUAUAUCGUCUCCAAAAAUAUCAAGGACUAAAGAAGAAUAUCAGCCAAUACCAUUCGACCGCGUUGAAAGGCCUAGUUUGCAAAGACUUAAUACAGAAUUAACUCUAACCGAAGGAAAAAUUGAAACUACCACGGCCUACAGGUCGGAGUUUGAGGAAAAAUAUGCAGAACGUCAAGCCAGAUAUAAAAUGGAAGAUCAACUUCAUCUCGAAGGUGAAUAUUCUCCACAAAGAAAACAAGAAUAUACGGGACUUCCUGGUGAUCGUUAUUUAUCACGUAAGCCACAAGAUAACUUAAAACCUGAAGGCGAAUUUGAAAGACCAAUUCGUGAAAAAAUGACACCCGCAGAACGACCAAAACCGAUAAAACCUAGUGAUAAUUUAAAGCCAGAGGGUGACUUCGAAAGACCUCAACCAUCGAAAUACGGGCCCGGCGAGAGAGCGCCAAUUGUCAAACAUCUGGACAAUUUAAAACCUGAAGGCGAAUUUGAAAGACCAAUUAAAUCUAAAGUAGAACCAGGGGAACGUCCAAUACCGUUUAAGCCAAGUGACAAUUUAAAGCCAGAAGGUAAUUUCGAGCGGCCAACACCUACAAAAGUGCAACCUGCUGAUCGACAGAAGCCAAUUAGACCAAAAGAUAAUUUACGACCUGAAGGUGAAUUUGAAAGGCCUGUACCAUCUCAAUAUGGACCAGGUGACCGAGCACCAAUAGUUAAGCAUCCAGAUAAUCUUAAACCUGAAGGAGACUUUGAUAGGCCCGAACCUAACAAAUAUGCACCUGGUGACCGAGCGCCUAUAGUAAAACAUCCAGACAACUUAAAAUCUGAAGGAGAUUUUGAUAGACCAGAACAACCCAAAGCACCAAAAAGAGGAGAAAGAGCACCUACUAAGAAACCUAUUGACAAUUUACGACCAGAAGGUGAAUUUUAUGGAGAAAGAACAGUAACAAAAAUUGUAAAAGGAGAAAGAGCUGAAAUUCGAAGACACGAAGACCAACUAGUAAUUGGUGGAGAAUUCACAGAUACCACUACACAAAGAAUGGAGUUUACAGGAGAAACAACUGAACGACCAAGAAUGAUACGUAGAAAUACAUGGACCAAACUAGAAGGAGAUAUUUUGGUAGUACCAAAAAAUAAAGAAGAUUACCCAGAACGUCCAGUGGUUCGACAUGAAAAAGGAAAAAAGAAAACUGAUACAUUGAAUAUAACAACAGGCGAAUUUUAUUCGAACACAUCAUCUCAAGAAGCUUAUCAACGACAUGAUAUGCAAAAAACUGAAAUCAUAAAGAAACGAACAGACAAUUUGAUAUGCGAGGGAGAAAUGUCUUUUGAAACAUCACGAAUGGCCGAUUACUCAGCAAAAACGACAGAAUUAGAAAAACCGGUAAGGCGACGUACUUGGACUAAACAAGAUGGAGAAAUAUACUUCCAAACUACAACUUCAGAAGUGUUUAAACAUCAUAACGAAACAAAUAUAAGACACACUAUCAAAAAACACACGGAUAAUAUAACUAUUGAAGGAAAAUUUGAUGAUAGAACACAUUCUAAGGAACAAUUCAAAAACAUACACACCGAGAGGACAAUACAAAAAAAACCAAUAGAUAAUUUAAAACCUGAAGGUGAAUUUGAUCGACCACAAAAAGAAAAAUAUAAGCCAUCAGAGAGACCUAAACAAAUAAAGCCAUCCGACAAUUUAAAACCAGAAGGUAAGUUUGAACGCCCGAAACAAAAAGAUUACAAAACAGCAGAAAGACCAAAACAAAUUAAACCACAAGACAAUCUUAAACCUGAAGGCGAUUUUGAGAGACCAAUCGAAGAAAAGUUUACGCCGAGUGAAAGACCGUCACCAUUUAAACCUUCCGAUAAUUUGAAACCAGAAGGAAAAUUUGAACGACCCAUAAAUGACAAGUAUAAACCAAGUGAGCGACCAACACCAUUUAAACCUACGGAUAAUUUGAAACCAGAAGGAGAAUUUGAAAAACGUAGGCCACAGAAAGUUGGUCCCGGUGAUCGUGCUCCAAUCGUUAAGCCUAGAGAUAAUUUGUAUCCAGAAGGAGAGUUUCAGAGACCUAAGCCAAAUGAUUAUCAACCAUCUGAAAGACCUAAGCAGGUUAAACCACAAGACAAUCUGUACCCUGAAGGUGAUUUUGAAAGACCGGAAUAUCCAGAGUAUUCGCCAUCUGAAAGGCCAAAACAGUUUAAGCCAACAGAUAAUCUAAAACCUGAAGGUGAAUUCGAAAGACCAGUAAAUGAAAAAUUCAAACCUAGUGAACGUCCUACAGCUUUUAAACCAAGUGAUAAUUUAAAACCCGAGGGUGAAUUCGAAAAACGUACACCACAGAAAGUUGGUCCAGGUGAUCGUGCUCCAAUCGUUAAACCUAAAGACAAUUUGUAUCCAGAAGGAGAGUUCCAGCGACCAAAACCAGAUGAUUAUCAACCAUCUGAAAGACCUAAACAAGUUAAACCACAAGACAAUCUGUACCCUGAAGGUAAUUUUGAAAGACCAGAAUAUCCAGAGUAUUCGCCCUCUCAAAGGCCAAAACAGUUUAAGCCUACAGAUAAUCUUAAACCAGAAGGAGAUUUCGAAAGACCAGUUUAUGAAAAGUUCAAACCAAGUGAACGGCCUACGCCAUUUAAGCCAUCUGAUAACCUUAAGCCUGAAGGUGAAUUUGAAAAACGUACUCCACAAAAAGUUGGUCCAGGAGAUCGUGCUCCAAUUGUUAAGCCUAAAGACAAUUUGUAUCCUGAAGGCGAAUUCCAACGACCAAAACCAGAAGAAUUCCAGCCAUCUGAAAGACCUAAGCAAGUUAAGCCUCAAGACAAUCUAUUUCCAGAAGGUACUUUCGAUCGUCCUGAGUUACCUCAAUAUUCACCAUCUGAGAGACCAAAACAAUUUAAACCUACAGACAAUCUUAAACCAGAAGGCGACUUUGAAAGACCAGUUUAUGAAAAAUUCAAACCCAGUGAACGUCCUGCUGCAUUUAAACCAAGUGAUAAUUUAAAACCAGAAGGUGAGUUCGAAAAACGUACGCCACAGAAAGUUGGUCCAGGCGAUCGUGCUCCAAUCGUUAAACCUAAAGACAAUUUGUAUCCAGAAGGAGAGUUCCAGCGACCAAAACCAGAUGAUUAUCAACCAUCUGAAAGACCUAAACAGGUUAAACCACAAGAUAAUUUAUACCCAGAAGGUAAUUUCGAAAGACCAGAAUAUCCAGAGUAUUCACCAUCUGAAAGACCAAAACAAUUUAAACCUACAGACAAUCUUAAACCAGAAGGUGAUUUUGAAAGACCAGUUUAUGAAAAAUUCAAACCUAGUGAACGCCCAACACCUUUUAAGCCAUCCGAUAACCUUAAACCUGAAGGUGAAUUUGAAAAGCGCACGCCGCAGAAAGUUGGUCCCGGAGAACGGGCACCAGUUGUUAAACCAAAAGACAAUUUGUUCCCCGAAGGUGAAUUUGAAAGGCCAGAACAUCCCGAGUAUUCGCCAUCCAAAAGACCAGAACAAUUUAAACCUUCCGAUAAUCUUAAACCAGAAGGAGAUUUCGAACGUCCUAUACAUGAGAAGUUCAAACCCAGUGAGCGUCCAACUCCGUUUAAACCAUCCGAUAAUCUUAAACCCGAAGGUGAAUUUGAAAGAAAGAAACCAGAAGAAUUCCAACCAGCUGAAAGAGUUAAACAAGUGAAACCCCAAGAUAAUUUAUACCCAGAAGGUAAUUUCGAAAGACCAGAAUAUCCAGAGUAUUCACCAUCUGAAAGACCAAAACAAUUUAAACCUACAGACAAUCUUAAACCAGAAGGUGAUUUUGAAAGACCAGUUUAUGAAAAAUUCAAACCUAGUGAACGCCCAACACCGUUUAAGCCAUCCGAUAACCUUAAACCUGAAGGUGAAUUUGAAAAGCGCACGCCGCAGAAAGUUGGUCCCGGAGAACGGGCACCAGUUGUUAAACCAAAAGACAAUUUGUUCCCCGAAGGUGAAUUUGAAAGGCCAGAACAUCCCGAGUAUUCGCCAUCCAAAAGACCAGAACAAUUUAAACCAUCCGAUAAUCUUAAACCAGAAGGAGAUUUCGAACGUCCUAUACAUGAGAAGUUCAAACCCAGUGAGCGUCCAACUCCGUUUAAACCAUCCGAUAAUCUUAAACCCGAAGGUGAAUUUGAAAGAAAGAAACCAGAAGAAUUCCAACCAGCUGAAAGAGUUAAACAAGUGAAACCCCAAGAUAAUUUAUACCCAGAAGGUAAUUUCGAAAGACCAGAAUAUCCAGAAUAUUCACCAUCAGAAAGACCUAAACAAUUUAGACCUACAGAUAAUCUAAAACCAGAAGGCGAAUUUGAGCGACCUGUACACGAAAAAUUCAAACCUAGUGAACGGCCUGCUGCAUUUAAACCUUCGGAUAACCUAAAGCCAGAAGGAGAAUUUCAGAAGCGUAUACCAGAUGAGUUCAAGCCUUCUGAACGACCUAAGCAAGUUAAACCUCAAGACAAUCUAUUUCCAGAAGGGACUUUUGAACGUCCAGAACAUCCAGAAUAUUCUGCUUCCGAAAGACCGAAACAGUUUAAGCCCACAGACAAUUUAAAACCUGAAGGUGAAUUCGAACGUCCAAUUCUUGAGAAAUUUAAACCCAGUGAGCGUCCAACACCAUUUAAACCAUCUGAUAAUUUAAAACCAGAGGGUGAGUUUGAGAAGCGUACUCCACAAAAAGUAGGUCCUGGAGAUCGAGCUCCAAUUGUUAAGCCCAAAGAUAAUUUAUAUCCCGAAGGCGAAUUCCAGAGGCCAAUACCUGAGGAAUUCCAUCCAUCUGAAAGACCUAAACAGAUUAAACCACAAGACAAUCUGUACCCUGAAGGUGACUUUGAAAGACCAGAAUAUCCAGAGUAUUCGCCAUCUGAAAGGCCAAAACAGUUUAAACCUACAGAUAAUCUUAAACCUGAAGGUGAAUUUGAAAGACCAGUUUAUGAAAAAUUCAAACCUAGUGAGCGCCCUUCAGCUUUCAAACCAAAUGAUAAUUUAAAACCCGAGGGUGAGUUCGUAAAACGUACACCACAGAAAGUUGGUCCAGGCGAUCGUGCUCCAAUCGUAAAACCUAAAGAUAAUUUGUAUCCUGAAGGCGAAUUCCAACGACCAAAACCUGAAGAAUUCCAGCCAUCUGAAAGACCUAAGCAAGUUAAACCUCAAGACAAUCUAUUUCCAGAAGGGACUUUUGAACGUCCAGAAUAUCCAGAAUAUUCUGCUUCUGAAAGACCGAAACAAUUCCGUCCAAGUGAUAAUCUUAAACCAGAAGGAGAUUUCGAAAGACCAGUUUAUGAAAAGUUCAAACCAAGUGAACGGCCUACGCCGUUUAAGCCAUCUGAUAACCUUAAGCCUGAAGGUGAAUUUGAAAAACGUACUCCACAAAAAGUUGAUCCAGGAGAUCGUGCUCCAAUUGUUAAGCCCAAAGAUAAUUUGUAUCCUGAAGGCGAAUUCCAACGACCAAAACCAGAAGAAUUCCAGCCAUCUGAAAGACCUAAGCAAGUUAAGCCUAAAGACAAUCUAUUUCCAGAAGGUACUUUCGAUCGCCCUGAGUUACCUCAAUAUUCACCAUCUGAGAGACCAAAACAAUUUAAACCUACAGACAAUCUUAAACCAGAAGGCGACUUUGAAAGACCAGUUUAUGAAAAGUUCAAACCAAGUGAACGGCCUACGCCGUUUAAGCCAUCUGAUAACCUUAAGCCUGAAGGUGAAUUUGAAAAACGUACGCCACAGAAAGUUGGUCCAGGAGAUCGUGCUCCAAUUGUUAAGCCCAAAGACAAUUUGUAUCCAGAAGGAGAGUUCCAGCGACCAAAACCUGAUGAUUAUCAACCAUCUGAAAGACCUAAACAGGUUAAACCACAAGAUAAUUUAUACCCAGAAGGUAAUUUCGAAAGACCAGAAUAUCCAGAGUAUUCACCAUCUGAAAGACCAAAACAAUUUAAACCUACAGACAAUCUUAAACCAGAAGGUGAUUUUGAAAGACCAGUUUAUGAAAAAUUCAAACCUAGUGAACGCCCAACACCGUUUAAGCCAUCCGAUAACCUUAAACCUGAAGGUGAAUUUGAAAAGCGCACGCCGCAGAAAGUUGGUCCCGGAGAACGGGCACCAGUUGUUAAACCAAAAGACAAUUUGUUCCCUGAAGGUGAAUUUGAAAGGCCAGAACAUCCCGAGUAUUCGCCAUCCAAAAGACCAGAACAAUUUAAACCUUCCGAUAAUCUUAAACCAGAAGGAGAUUUCGAACGUCCUAUACAUGAGAAGUUCAAACCCAGUGAGCGUCCAACUCCGUUUAAACCAUCCGAUAAUCUUAAACCCGAAGGUGAAUUUGAAAGAAAGAAACCAGAAGAAUUCCAACCAGCUGAAAGAGUUAAACAAGUGAAACCCCAAGAUAAUUUAUACCCAGAAGGUAAUUUCGAAAGACCAGAAUAUCCAGAGUAUUCACCAUCUGAAAGACCAAAACAAUUUAAACCUACAGACAAUCUUAAACCAGAAGGCGAAUUUGAGCGACCUGUACACGAAAAAUUCAAACCUAGUGAACGGCCUGCUGCAUUUAAACCUUCGGAUAACCUAAAGCCAGAAGGAGAAUUUCAGAAGCGUGUACCAGAUGAGUUCAAGCCUUCUGAACGACCUAAGCAAGUUAAACCUCAAGACAAUCUAUUUCCAGAAGGGACUUUUGAACGUCCAGAAUAUCCAGAAUAUUCUGCUUCUGAAAGACCGAAACAAUUCCGUCCAAGUGAUAAUCUUAAACCGGAAGGAGAUUUCGAAAGACCAGUUUAUGAAAAGUUCAAACCAAGUGAACGGCCUACGCCGUUUAAGCCAUCUGAUAACCUUAAGCCUGAAGGUGAAUUUGAAAAACGUACUCCAAAAGUUGGUCCGGGAGAUCGUGCUCCAAUCGUUAACAAAGAUAAUUUGUAUCCUGAAGGCGAAUUCCAACGACCGAAACCUGAAGAAUUCCAGCCAUCUGAAAGACCCAAACAAGUUAAACCACAAGACAAUCUAUUUCCAGAAGGGACUUUUGAACGUCCAGAAUAUCCAGAAUAUUCUGCUUCCGAAAGACCAAAACAAUUCCGUCCAAGUGAUAAUCUUAAACCGGAAGGAGAUUUCGAAAGACCAGUUUAUGAAAAGUUCAAACCAAGUGAACGGCCUACGCCGUUUAAGCCAUCUGAUAACCUUAAGCCUGAAGGUGAAUUUGAAAAACGUACUCCACAAAAAGUUGGUCCGGGAGAUCGUGCUCCAAUCGUUAAGCCCAAAGAUAAUUUGUAUCCUGAAGGCGAAUUCCAACGACCGAAACCUGAAGAAUUCCAGCCAUCUGAAAGACCCAAACAAGUUAAACCACAAGACAAUCUAUUUCCAGAAGGGACUUUUGAACGUCCAGAAUAUCCAGAAUAUUCUGCUUCCGAAAGACCGAAACAAUUCCGUCCAAGUGAUAAUCUUAAACCGGAAGGAGAUUUCGAAAGACCAGUUUAUGAAAAGUUCAAACCAAGUGAACGGCCUACGCCGUUUAAGCCAUCUGAUAACCUUAAACCUGAAGGUGAAUUUGAGAAACGUACUCCACAAAAAGUUGGUCCAGGAGAUCGUGCUCCAAUCGUUAAGCCCAAAGAUAAUUUGUAUCCUGAAGGCGAAUUCCAACGACCAAAACCUGAAGAAUUCCAGCCAUCUGAAAGACCCAAACAAGUUAAACCACAAGACAAUUUGUUUCCUGAAGGUUCUUUUGACCGUCCUGAUUAUCCAGAGUAUUCUCCAGCUGAAAGACCGAAACAAUUUCGACCAAACGACAAUCUUAAACCAGAAGGUGAUUUCGAAAGGCCAGUUUAUGAAAAAUUCAAACCUAGUGAACGGCCUACGCCGUUUAAGCCAUCUGAUAACCUUAAACCUGAAGGUGAAUUUGAAAAGCGCACGCCUCAGAAGAUUGGUCCAGGAGAUCGGGCACCAGUUGUUAAACCAAAAGAUAAUUUGUUCCCUGAAGGAGAUUUUGAAAGACCAAAACAUCACGAUUACUUACCAUCUGAAAGACCAAAACAAUUUAAACCUUCCGAUAAUCUUAAACCAGAGGGAGAUUUUGAACGUCCUGUACACGAGAAGUUCAAAUCUAGUGAACGUCCUGCUCCAUACAAACCCAGUGAUAAUUUGAAACCUGAAGGUGAAUUUGAAAAACGUACACCACAGAAGGUUGGUCCUGGUGAUCGUGCUCCAAUUGUUAAGCCUAAAGACAAUUUGUAUCCAGAAGGUGAUUUUGAAAAACGUGUUUAUCAAAAAGUGGUUCCAGGUGACAGGGCUCCUAUUGUGAAACCUAAAGAUAAUCUGUAUCCUGAAGGUUUAUUGGACACAUCGUAUGUUAAAAACAAAUCUGUAGUUACUGUAGGUGAUAGAGCUGCUAUUCACAUUCAUGAAGAUAAUUUAAAGAUGACUGGAGAACACACUAUUUUUAAGAAAGAUGACUUUACGCGUAAAACUGCUACUCGUUCUGAAAUAGUUAAGCAUGACGAUAAUCUUAAAAUUGAAGGUGAUCUGAUCGAUAAUUUUAAACGAACUGAUUUCUCAGCCACUAAAGGGGAAAGAUCCGAAAUUAUCUACAGAGAAGACAAUUUAAGAAUUGAAGGUGAAUUUAUUGAUAUGCGUUCAAGAAAUGAUUAUAGUAAGCAUGUUUUGAACAGAGUAACUUCUAUAUCGAAACAUGAAGACAACCUUAGAAUGGAAGGUGAUUUUGAAAAGCGUGAAAAAGUCUCCUUUGUUUCUGCUGAAAGACCUAAUCAAAUUAGGCAUCCAGAUAAUUUAAAACCAGAGGGUGAAUUUGAAAAACGUUCUCAUCAUGUUGUCGGACCUGGUGAUAGAGCUCCUAUUGUUAAGCCCAAAGAUAAUCUCAAACCUGAAGGUGAAUUUGAUAGACCGUCUCCAGAUAAGUAUAAAUCUGGUGAACGACCUAAACAAAUUAGGCAUCCAGAUAAUUUAAAACCAGAAGGUGAAUUUGAAAAACGUACUCAUCAAACAUAUGGACCAGGUGAUAGAGCUCCUAUUGUUAAGCCCAGAGAUAAUCUCAAACCUGAAGGUGAAUUUGAUAGACCGUCUCCAGAUAAGUAUAAAUCUGGUGAACGGCCUAAACAAAUUAGGCAUCCAGAUAAUUUAAGACCAGAAGGAGAAUUUGAUAGACCGUCUUCAGAUAAUUAUAGACCGGGUGAACGACCAAAACAAAUUAGACAUCCAGAUAACUUAAGACCUGAAGGUGAAUUUGAUAGACCAUCUCAACAAAGUUACGGACCGGGUGAACGACCAAAACAAAUUAGACAUCCAGAUAACUUAAGACCUGAAGGUGAAUUUGAUAGACCAUCUCAACAAAGUUACGGACCGGGUGAACGACCAAAACAAAUUAGACAUCCAGAUAACUUAAGACCUGAAGGUGAAUUUGAUAGACCAUCUCAACAAAGUUACGGACCGGGUGAACGACCAAAACAAAUUAGACAUCCAGAUAACUUAAGACCUGAAGGUGAAUUUGAAAAACGUACUCAUCAAACAAUUGGACCUGGUGAUAGAGCACCUAUUGUAAAACCUAAGGAUAAUUUAAAACCAGAAGGUGAAUUUGAUAGACCAUCUCAACAAAGUUAUGGACCGGGUGAGCGACCAAAACAAGUAAAACAUCCAGAUAACUUAAAAUCAGAAGGUAAUUUUGAAAAACGAGUCGUACAAAAAGUGACUGUAGGUGAGAGGACCCUUGCUUAUAAACCUCAAGAUAAUUUACGGAUGGAAGGAGAAUUUGAAAAAAGAGAUCGAACUUACACAGUUCGAAAGGUUGAACAAGCUGUAGUCAGAAAGCAUGAGGAUAAUUUGAAAAUUGAAGGAACAAUGCACUUUACUAACAAAAACAUACAUUCCGAUCAUAAGUCAUUAGAUACUGGAUAUUCUCAAAAAAUAACUGAAAAUAAUCAAACUACAGGAGAUCACAAACAGAUAAAUCAAGUAGCAAAAUCACAUUCCUCUUCAAAAACAGAAAAUUAUUCUUCAGUACAUAAACAUCAGCAGAGCAGUACAAAUACUAGAAAGCAUAUUGAAUCUCAAAUUUCUUUAGGGGAUCAUGUUAAAGAUUCAAAUACAAAUGAAAAAAUUAGUGUCAAAUACGGACAAUCACAAUUUGAAGGAGAACUUAGACAAUCAGCUGAAUCACAAAACGUUGAAAAUCGGGUUACUAAACAAUCAUCUGAUUCUUCGUUCCAAAGAAGCUCAAAAUCAGAAGAACACGUUGGUACAGUAGAAAGAAAAAAAUGGGAAACUUCUCAAAAGAGAGAUUAUUUAAAGGGAUCCGUAACAGAUUUAAGCAGUACUAAAAAUGCAUCAUUAUCAAAGCAAAGAAUAAAUCAGACAAACGAUCAAAGAUAUUCAGAUAAUGCAAUUCGUCAACAUUCAUCCAAUCAUUAUAUUCACAUGUCUUCACAAAAUGUUAGCAGUUUAAAUCAGCGGCAUGAAAUAAAAAGUGAACACAUUUACUCUUCACGCCCAUCUGAAGAAACUAGAGGACAAAUGAAUCACGAUAGACUACAAAAUGAUAAUCUUGUUGAUAGAGUACAAACUACACACCAUAGACAUGGGCAUUUAAAUAAUAACGAUAGUCAAAAUUAUGCAUCACAACAUAGAAACCUUCAAAACAUUAGUCAGUCUAGUCAAAAACACACCAAUGAAACCAGUGGUCAAAACUAUAAGCAAAGCACUACUACUAGCAGUUCGAAAAUAAGUGAUCAAAUUCGACGCCCCGAAAGUUUUGUUAUAAAUCUGUCUGACGAAAAAACAACAAAUAACCGAAAUGCAUCGUCUGUAGAUCUGCGUUCUGAACACUAUUCAAAUAAUCAAACGAGUAAAGUUCACAAAACCCAAAUAGGAAGACAAUCGUUGAUUAGCGGAAAUAUCAACGAAAAUAACUCAAUUACCCGUGAUUAUUCUUCGGGUCUGCAUUCAAGCAAAUCAUCAGCUGUGUCAAAUGAACAGUUAAACAAAAGCAACCGGUAUGAGACUAGCAGCCAAAAUCGGAAUGAAUACAAUCGGGACCAUUCUCAAUCACUUUCGUCACAACAAAAAUCCGAGCAGUCUACAAAUCGUUCACAUGGCACCGAAGUAAAAAGUUAUUCCACUGCAACGUACAGGAAGUCUUUGCAUAGCACUAGUUCUAACGUGUUGAAUAUCGACUCGUCCGUGUUUGAUCGAAAAACCCGAAGUGACCAAUCUCAUCACCGCAAGUCCAUAAUAAGUUCGAACACCGAUCUGAGUAACUCAGUGUUGCACCGCAAAGGAGACGUGACGCAUAUCGAAGCACCUCAUUAUACUUCUUCAGCGGCCGCUGCUCAGAGGAAGAGUAUCAAUACGUUGGACUCAACAUUCGUGAUUUCACCUCCCGACAACCGGAACAGUAUUAGCGCUAUGCACCGUCAAGACAGGGUGUCGAGGUCGUCCACGAACAGGUCGCAUAUCAGUCUUGGUGAUUCGUCAAUGGAGUCGAGUACUAGUCAUUACAGAAACGAAUACAAACCGAGAGUGAGUGGCCCAUGUCCUGUGCCGUUAAUUGAAAGAAAUCAAGCACCUUUCAGACACACCCGUGAUACGAAAACGCACAAAUUCUAUAAGUCGACUACAACAGACGGAGAUCGUAAAUAAACUUUCUAG